ACAUUUCGUGCCUCUUAAUGCAUAUAUAUAUAUAUAUAUAUUUUAGGGUUUUUAUGUAGGCUCCUCCUUCCCAAUUUGAAAAGGAAAGGGCUCCAUUUUCACACCUCGCAGGGAGCGGGGACAUGGCGGUCAGAGCCUGUGGCUUGAUCAUCUACAGGAGGCUGCAGCCAGCGGCGUCCUCCAAGGCCGCUGACGGCAUCGAAUACCUCCUCCUGCAGACGUCUUACGGGACCCACCACUGGACGCCACCCAAAGGCCACGUGGACCCAGGAGAGGAUGACCUGCAGACAGCCUUCCGGGAAACGCAGGAGGAGGCAGGUCUUCAGGCCAGCCAGCUCACCCUUGUGGAGGGGUACAAGAAAGAACUGCACUAUCCUGUCCGUGGCAAACCCAAGACUGUUGUUUACUGGCUGGCAGAGGUGAAGGAUUGUAACACGGAAAUCAAGCUCUCGGAGGAGCACCAAGCUUUCCGCUGGCUGAAGCUGGAAGAUGCUUGCAAAUUUGCUGAAUAUGAGGACAUGCAAGCAACGCUGAAAGAUGUGCAUCAGUUUCUCUGCUCUAAGGAAUAAAUACUUUUGUGAAGGAUAAGGGGGCUUUUUGAAGGACACGGCCUGAUUUUAAUUUUGGCUGCAGAAAUAGAGAUUUCCUUUUCUAAAUCUGUACAAAUUCAGUAAAGAUACUUGGAGCUUUUAAAUAAUUUGCACUUUUUUUCUCCCCUAACUAAUGGAAAAAAGGCAUGGUCUGACUGAACCAGGAGCCAGAGAUGUCUGAAUUGAAACCCAGAACUAACAAAGGCUUCCUGUGUUCCUGUCUUUUUCUUUUUUUAUUUUUUCUUGAAGUGGUGAGCAGUCAUGAAUCUCUUUGAAAAUCAAACACUUGAUAUUUCUUGACUUGCUGGUGCAGAUCUAUAGCGUUGUAAAAAUGAGCAUAUGGAGAUUUUUAAUAACAAAAUGCGUACUGCAGAAGUUGCACCUUGCAUUUCAGAUGGGGCAGCAGUAGUUCUGUUCCCAAACUCCUCCACUGAUAUGCUGUGAUUGCUUGUCAAAUCAUUUCAGGUCUUGUUUGUUUGUAUCAUGAAUUUAUGUACAUCACUAAUGCACCGUUAUGAAAAUAGUUGCCAUCCAAGGAGUCUUAAUAAACUGUUGACAUACAAUA